AUAGAAUGCCAUUUUCUACUCAUGAAUUUGCAUGAAACCAUCCACGUGCCUCCAACCCCCAUUCUCUAUUCACUCUCUCUUUUCACAAAUUCCUUAAAACCUAAGAAAAACCAAACAAACGGAUAAUCUAUUUGCUUGCUGCCAUUUUCGAUAAAAAGAAAAGGAAAAAAAAAAAAAUGUUAGUUUUUUUCUUAUUUUCCCGAGAAAAUAAAAUCUACCCAGAAAUUUAUACUAGUAGAUAAACGUUACCCAGAAAUAAAGUCCGAAUUUUUUUUGACGGUCAGGGAGAAAAAAGAUAGAGAAGGUGAAAGAGGGAAGAGAUUCAUCGUGGCCCUGAAUCGAAGGCUCUUUUGGUGUCGCUUGGUCACUGCACCGACUCAGCUUCUCUGUCUCUUUCUUUCUUUCUUCUUCUUCCUUAUCUCUCUCCUGCUUUCUCUCUCUCUCAAACGCCGUUUCAAAUCUGACAUGGCGUUUGAUCAAAAUUCUAUUCCAAAAGAUCUAAGACCGUUAAACGUAGCUCGAACUGUGGCCGAAGAACCCCGCAUUACGCCAGCUACUACAACGGGUCGAAGCCCAGAUGGUUUUUUCCCCAGCUCAGCUCGUGAGAUUGGAAGCCCUGAUUCUGUACCUGUUUUUUAUCCGGCAGCAGUUUCGGAAGCUGGGUUUGUUGGUCUCGGAUAUGGAAAUGCGGCUCCGGGUGUGGCUGCUUGGUGUCCUCUUGUGCCUGCAGCAGUGGGGCAUCAAGGUGUGAGCUCGGCUGUUGGAUAUGGUUAUAGUCCUAAUUUGGGCACUCGAGUUGCUGGUGCUGCUGUAGACCUUAUAAGCAGUGGUCCUCCUAUGGUGUCUGGAUCCAAUCCGAAUUUGGGCAAUCGGAUUGGUGCCGGUGGUGCAGAUCAUGCUAGUCAUGAUAUGGCAGCCAAGCAUGUCUAUGGUAAUAGAGUUGGUGUUGUUGCUGCUGAUCAGACAGGGAAUGAUUCGGCUACUUGCUCUGGUUAUAGUCCUAAUUUGGGCGGUCGAACUGGUGGCAGUGGGACCGAUCAAGCAAGUGAAGAGGGUGGAGAUGAUUCUGUGUCAGGGAAGAAAGUAAAAUUUUUAUGUAGUUUUGGUGGAAAGAUUUACCCCAGACCUAGCGACGGGAUGUUGAGAUAUGUUGGAGGGCAUACAAGGAUUAUUAGUGUUAGAAGAGAUGUGAGCUUCAAUGAGCUUGUGCAGAAGAUGGUGGAUACCUAUGGGCAACCAGUGGUUAUAAAAUAUCAGCUACCUGAUGAGGACCUUGAUGCACUGGUGUCUGUUUCAUGCCCCGAUGAUCUUGACAAUAUGAUGGAUGAGUAUGAAAAGCUUCUUGAAAGGUCUUCAGAUGGGUCGGCUAAGUUAAGGGUGUUUCUGUUUUCUGCUUCAGAACUAGAUCCAUCAGGUGUGGUGCAGUUUGGGGAUUUGCACGAUAGUGGGCAGCGAUAUGUUGAUGCAGUGAAUGGUAUUAUGGAUGUGGUUGGUGGCAAUAUCACAAGGAAGGAGAGUAUAGCAAGUGCAACUUCAACGCAAAAUUCUGAUUUCAGUGGAACUGAGGUUGUUGAUAGCUUGGGUCCCGGCCAAGGGGAUGUUACUGGACCUCUAUCAAACAGCAAUUUGUCGCCCAAGGGAAAUUCAGAUACUUCGCAUGAUACUGCUUCAAAGUUGGUGUUUGUGGAUCCCAGUCAUGCAGUUUAUGCUGAUGCUUCUGCAGUACCAUUUGGCAUUCCUGUGGUUAAGUCUGGACCUCCCCAAACUCUGACUUCUCGGCCAGAGGUUGAACUAGAAAGGUCUGUGCCUGCAACAUUACCACAGCAGCAACUGGGUCUGCAGCAACCUGGAAUGGAAAUUCCACCUCCAACAUCCUAUGUCCAAUCAUAUGUUGAUCCUCGCCAAGAAGUUGUGAACCAUGGAGAUUAUAUUCAUCUCUCUCCUCAAAUGGGGUUUCCAAGUCCUCAUCUGUUGGGUACAGCAGGCCCCGUAUUUACCCAACAGCAGUUCCGUGAUACUGGUGCUGGCAUGACUCCACAUCAUUUUAUUCCUGCAGUGCACAUGACAUUGAAUCCCUCAUCUUCUUGUGUUGGUAUAAGACCAAAUAUGGUUCAACCUUUGGUGCAACCCCAGCAAACUCAGUUGGAUAGUUUUGUGGAUGAAAGAACAUUUGGUCCAAGGGUUGUCCAGCUUCCUGUUGAACAAAGCUACAAUUCUUAUCAGGUUCAGGUCCCAUCAGCAGUGGUAGGAGGUGGUUAUAGCUGGCAUCAGGUUCCACCGCAGGAGCAUGUAAUUUUCUCUGAUGGAUCAGUACCCCACCAGCAGGUAAUAUACCCUGAGAAAAUCACAAGGUUGGAGGAUUGUUACAUGUGUCAGAAAGCAUUGCCUCAUGCACAUUCUGAUACUGUGGUACAGGGCCAAAAGGGCAGUCCUUCAAGUUCUGUAUCUGAUUCAAUCUCAACUUAUCAUAGUCUUCGUUUGGAUGACAAUCUGAGAACUCAGCCCGUGACUAGGGUUAUGGCGACUGGAGCAUUAGGGGAAGGCACUCUUGAACAGGGAAUUGAGGCUCGGCCUAAGGUCCUUGGUCAUGGAGAUCCUCAAACUGGAAACAUUCAACCAGAGGCAACUAGGCUUCCACAGAUUCCUGAGGGAAAUCAUGAAAAUGAAAGGAUUAACCUGCAACAAGUUGAUAAUAUUGAUCAUCCUAGAAUUCCUGUUCCACAGGGUGUGAUUGGGAGGGUUGCUGAUCUGCAAGCAUCUAACGGUGCAUUUGUGGGCACUAUUCCUCAAUCUUCUCAAACUGAUUCUGUGCAGCAAUGGUCUGCUUCGGCUCAGUGCCAGGUUAAACAAGAUACAUUGGUGAAUAAAAUUGUUACUCGGGACAUGCCUCCUGUUGGAGGUGUGCCUGUUCAAACUUCAGAGUGCAUGGUUCAUGAAUCUCCGAAGGAGUAUUCUAGCAAACUUCCAGGUGUCAUUCCAAAAGAAGAUCCUGUAGACACUUGCAUGUCAUAUGAGCAACUGAGACCAAUUGAUGCGAGGAUGGAAACCCUCAGGAUAUCCCCCAGUGAAACGUAUGUCAAUAAGGAGCAUGGUAAGCUACCUGUUGAUAAAUUUAGGAUGGAAGAGAGCUCUGAUCAUAGAAUACAGCAAGUUGGAGGGAGGGAUGUGCUUCUUGAUAAGACCUUUGACAAAUUCGAGACUUCUAACUUUAUUCCAGCUGAAAUGCUCCCCUCUUCCUCCGCAGAAUCCCCAUAUAUGCAUAAUUCAAGGCUCAUAGAAUCCUAUGAGGUGGCACAACCUCCUAUGUGGGGUAAUCCUGGAUCUUAUGCACACUCAAAACUAGGAGUGCAUCAAAUGAAUCCAAAUGAAGUUCAUUAUGGCAAUCCUGCAUUUGCUGGGAUUGACUCUGCUCAUUUAACUGAUAGGGUAAGACCUUCUGCUGAAUGGAUGGAUGACACACUAAGAUUGCAGUCUAAAGUAGGGCAAACAAAUGCUGACGCUCUUCUCUCAAAUGUUCAGGAUUCCUCAAACUCACUCUUUAGCAAUCAAGAUCCCUGGAAUUUGCACCAUGACACCCAGUUUCCACCUCCAAGACCUAAUAGGGUUCCCUCAAGAAAAGAACUCUUUUCUCCUAAAGAUCCUGUAAGUGAGAACCAUUUGGGCAAUAGUGGGGAACUAAACACAAUGGAGGAUGGAGUUCAACAGCCAUUUGGCAAUAUGAACAGGGAUGUCAAUUCAGAGCAUGCUCGAUCUGCCAAAGGCUCAGCAGAGGAACAGAUCAAGCAAGAACUUCAAGCUGUUGCUGAGGGCGUAGCUGCUUCUGUUUUUCAGCCAUCGACAUCUGCUAAUCCUGACUUGCGCGAUAAAAACGAAUCCAGUAACGGUUCUAAGCAAGAUGGAGAUGUUGAAAACAGUGAUGCUGCCGUACAGCACAACGAACAGCAUAAAGAUGAGGAUGUAAAAACUAAGAUGCCAGAAAAAGCAAAUGUCGGUUUCCCAGUCUCAGAUGGCAUUGGCCGCUUGCAGAUUAUAAUGAACAGUGACCUUGAAGAGUUGAGAGAAUUGGGUUCUGGCACCUUUGGCACUGUUUAUCAUGGAAAAUGGAGGGGUACUGAUGUAGCAAUCAAACGGAUCAAUGAUAGGUGCUUUUCUGGAAAAGCUUCAGAACAAGAGCGCAUGAGAGAUGAUUUCUGGAAUGAGGCCAUUAAGCUUGCUGACUUGCACCAUCCAAAUGUGGUAGCUUUCUACGGUGUUGUGCUUGAUGGUCCUGGAGGUUCUGUGGCUACAGUUACCGAGUAUAUGGUCAAUGGUUCUCUAAGAAAUGCUUUGCAGAAGAAUGAGAAGAUUCUUGACAAGCGUAAGCGUCUUUUAAUUGCAAUGGAUGUGGCAUUUGGAAUGGAGUACCUGCAUGGAAAGAAUAUAGUUCACUUUGAUUUAAAAAGUGACAACUUGCUUGUAAAUCUGCGAGAUCCUCACCGUCCUAUAUGCAAGGUCGGUGAUUUGGGACUAUCAAAAGUGAAAUGUCAGACAUUGAUAUCUGGUGGUGUGCGAGGAACACUUCCAUGGAUGGCACCGGAGCUUCUGAAUGGUAGCAGCAGCCUUGUCUCUGAGAAGGUUGAUGUAUUUUCAUUUGGCAUUGUGUUAUGGGAGCUCCUUACUGGGGAAGAACCGUAUGCAGAUUUGCAUUAUGGGGCCAUCAUAGGUGGCAUUGUAAGCAACACCUUACGGCCAGCGAUUCCCGAAUCUUGUGAUUUAGAAUGGAAAUCACUAAUGGAGAGCUGCUGGUCAUCAGAGCCAUCCGAGAGACCAAGCUUCACCGAAAUUGCAAACCAUUUACGAGCUAUGGCAGCAAAGAUCCCUCCCAAAGGUCAAAACCAACCUCAGCAACCCUCCUCAACACAGCCUCCUGUUCAAAAAUGAUUCGGUGGAAGUUGCUUUCUUUUUAAGUAUCUCAUACUUUUGUCUUUGCCUGUGGCUUUUUUUUUUUUUUUGGCUGUUUUGAUAGAAAUUUAGUUCUUAAAGAAGUGUCAAAACAGUUGUUAGGUUUUACACUGGGAAAAUAUGUAUUAGCUGUACAUUUUUACCUAUUAUCAUGAGAAUGGGGGAUUAUAUUGUUGGCA